UAUUAAAUCAUCGAAAUUUAUAAAAAUUAUCCAUAAUUAUUGAGGAUUCUCAAUACACCAAAUGUUUUUCCAUUUUCACAGGCUCAAUCUGGUCCGAAGGAUCCCAAUCAUGAGUUCCUAAAAGUAUCUUUCAUUAUAUUACACUCGGUGAUUUUAAACUCACACGCAAACAGAAGAAAAAAAAAAAAUAAACUACAAAAUUACAGAAAAAAACAACAGAAAUAUCUUAUCUAAUCGGAUCUUAACGUCCAAUAAACCAUUUCCCAUUUCGGAUCCAAAAGUAGUUUAGUAACUCAGUCUCGUCCACAUACUUGUUAUCCGCCACAACAAUGGCUCUCACUGGAAAUCCAACUCUCUGUAACUGUUCAUCAACGAAAAUAAUACCCUACACCCAAUUCCCUCUUCGCUGUCCAUUUUCACUUCCAUCUCAGGGUAAAAGAAGACGAUUAUUCACCGUACUAGCUGCAAAAAAGUUCACCGCAGGGAAGAACAAGAGAAGUUCAAUUUCAACGAAAGAGGCAGAGGAAGAUGAUGAAGAAGAAGAGUUUCGAAAGGUGAAUAUUAGUAUUGGCAGUGAGGCAACUGCGACGAUUGGUGAUGGUUUUGAGAUGCCGAAGCUUCCUGGAGAGGAAAAGGACUUUUGGGAAGGUCCUCAAUGGGAUGGAUUUGGAUUCUUUGUUCAGUAUAUGUGGGCUUUUGGCGUUGUCUUUUCGCUAAUUGCAUGUGGUAUUGCUGUGGCCACAUAUAACGAUGGAGCUACAGAUUUCAAGGCUACUCCUGUUUAUAAGGAAGCAAUUCAAUCACAAGAACUUCUUGAAGAACCAGAGGCUUCUGACUCAGAUGUGUUCGAGUCAAAUCCAACUGAAGUGGCACCUAGUUUGGAAUAGAUAAGUUUGCUAAGUUCACUCCUAAUGAAGAAUUGUCUGUCUUCAUAAUGUGAUAAUUACGGGUAAACAGAAGUUCCUGCUAAGUGCCCAACUCAGAUUCGAAGUUACUCUUACAAGCUGGAAUGUAGUCCUCUUUACACUUUGUAUCCACAUGGCGUUGAAGCGCCAAAUAUAUUGAUGAAAUUAUGGAAGUUGACUGUUUGUUUUCAGCUACAAAUCAAAAGGACGUUGAGUAGUUCUUAUGCAAUUUUCGUUUCAUCUUA